GGGAGGAGCCCGGCGGUGAGAAAGCGGCUCCGGCGGCCACGACCGCCCGGCGGCCUCCCGCCCGAGGGAUGCCCGCGACCCCCGGCGCCAGCCCUACCUUCUGGGGGAAGGUGCCGUAGCGGCUGGUGUCGGUGGGUGGCCGGGGCAGCAGAUCGUCUCCCAGGCCAGACUACGUGCAAGUAAAGCGGCGAGAACCGUGUCCCCUGCCGAGGUGCCGGGGGCAGGACAGGGCGAUCAGGGCCCACCUACGAGCGGCGGGCAAAGCCACCCGCCCCCUCGGAUGUCCCCGUCCUUGACGUGGCUCUUGAAGGCUCCUCUGCGUAUUUAUCUACUGACCGAAUGAGGGUCGAUGCAGCAAACCCCGCCCCGAGGCGAGCCAGACGCCGGCUCUCCGCUGCCCGUAACCUGCCUCGGGGUCCCCUCCCUGUCCCACCCUGGCCGGAGCCGCCGCUCUCCCUGCCAAGGCUCUCGCUUCGGGGUGCCGGCGGCUCGGCGGAUUUGCGUGCCUCGGCUUCACCCCGCCAGGCGGAGCGAGGCAGCGGCGGGGCCCUGCCCAAGGUCGCGGUGGGGAUGCACCCGGCUUUAACCUGCCGGGCCGGGCGCGCUUUCCUUUCGGCAUGGAAAAACCAACAACGGCUGGAAAAUGACCGUGGCCACACCCCGGCGUCGGGGGAGCGGGCGUGAAUCCGCUCGCCCGGCGGCAGACGCGGCCGGCGGCCGGACGGACGCUGCUGCUCCCCCAGCGUUAAUGCCCGUGGGCGCCGCGCAGGGCGGCUCCUCUCGGCCCGGGGCGCAGGUUAGCGGGGCGGCGUGAGCAUGGCCGGGAGCUGGCGGAUGAAGGCGCAGGCGGGGGGGAUGCUGCUGGCCCUCCUCGGGUGGGUCUCCUCCUGCGUCACCACGUUCGUGCCACUCUGGAAGAGCCUCAACCUGGAGCUGAACGAGCUGGAGGUCUGGACCAUGGGGCUGUGGCAGGUCUGCAUCGCCCGGGAGGAGGGAGCGGUCGAGUGCCGAGCCCACGGCUCCUUCCUGGCGCUGCCCCCCGAGCUGCGCGUCUCCCGGCUCCUGAUGUGCCUCUCCAACGGGCUGGGGCUGCUGGGGUGCCUCCUGGCCGCCCCGGGGCUGGAGGGCUGGCGAGCCUGCGAGGGCAAACCCGGGCUAAAGCGGCGGCUGCUGCUGGCCGGGGCAGCGGCGCUCGGCACGGCGGGGACGGCCACCCUGGCGCCGGUCUCCUGGGUCGCCUACGACACGGUCCUCGACUUCUGGGAUGACACCGUCCCCGACAUCGUCCCCCGGUGGGAGUUUGGGGAGGCCACGUUCCUGGGGUGGUUUGCCGGAGCCUUCCUCGCCGCCGGCGGGCUGCUCCUCGCCUGCAGCGCCCGCUCCACCAGGACCGCAACGCCGCCGGCCCCCGCCUGCCGCCAGCCCCCCAGCGCGGGGGGUGCGGCCGGGGGCCACCACCCACACCCCAAAAAUGCAGACCUGGUCAUCUAGGGCCUCGGGGCACCGUGCCCUGCGCGCCUCCUGGCUCUUCCCAUUGCAGGGACGCCUCUUGAGUGUGUUACAGGAUGAUUUGCUGAUUCCUACGGCAGCCCUGCAGAUAAUUUUUCUUCUUCCUUCCUCCGUGUGUCUGCUUCACUUUUUCUUUUUUAAGGAGCAGCAGCUUUCCCCGCGGCCCUCGCCGUGAGAGCGUGGGAAGGCGAUGAGGCAGAGGCAGAGCACCGGGCAGCGCUUUGUGCUGCCGGUGACAUGUGCGGCAGAGUCACUUAUUGAUGGUGCUGCGUGAACUUCCCCUGCGAAUGCCCCGUGGCCGAGUGCGUCGUGGGGAGCGGAUACACCCCAGCGUAGCAGUUCACUCCUUGCACGUCCGUACCGCUCUGAUGCGUUCACAAUAAAUUAUCGUGGUCGUCGG